CGGUUUGGAGCAUCUACAGAUCUGUUCCGUUUGCCAGGACAGCGACCGAACCAGAAGUGCUGGCCAUGUCCCGUCCUCUGCGCUGCAUGCAGAGAAAAUAAUUUAUGAAGAGUCGUUCGGGGCACUUAUCGGAGUGUGGUUGGAUGUCACACGUUACAUUAACUUAGACGCAGUUUUAAUACUGAAGCAAGCGAAGUGUUUUUGCUGCCGAAGGAUAAAACUAAUUGGCUUGUUAUGUCAGCGGGUGUUCGUGGCUGCUGUUGACAAGUCCAGAGUUCAUCAAUGCAGGCUGAACAAAAAACUCACUGACCGAGUUUCAAUGGCAUCCUCUCCAACAACAGUCCCUCACUGCUGUCUCAACAAUGAACUGUGGAAAGCCUCAAGCACAGACUAAAGAAUGGCAAGGUUUAGGCGCAAAUCUUGCAUCACAUUAAUUGCUUUGGUGUUGCUUUUCCUCAUCAUAACAGUGGUCUUGAAAGCACUCACACGAGAGGACGCUCCGUUCAGCAGCGCUGCAGGGGUCAAGUUUUUUCCUGACAGAAAGAAUGACAAUCAGAUCCUGGAAGAAAACAAAAAUAAACCCGACCAGAUCAAAGUGAAUGACCCUCCAAAGUCAGACAAAGAUGAGGAACUGGAGGCCACACUGAGGAAGUUUCCUCCCCCAAAUUACUAUCUCCAUGCCUUCUACUACACAUGGUAUGGGAACCCUAAGUUUGAUGGCAAAUAUGUCCACUGGGACCAUCCGCAGCUACCACACUGGGACUUUAAGGUGGCUCAGGGGUAUCCACAAGGGAGACACAGCCCACCUGAUGACAUUGGGUCCAACUUUUACCCCUCUCUAGGAGCUUACAGUUCCAGGGACCCCUCCAUUAUAGAGGCUCAUAUGAAGCAACUACGUACAGCAGCUAUUGGUGUCAUUGCUGUUUCCUGGUAUCCUCCUAAUUUGAAGGAUGACAACGGUGAGCCAACAGAUGACAUUGUGCCUUUGCUGCUGGAAGUGGCACAGAAAUACCAUAUUAAGGUUGCUUUUCAUAUUGAACCAUACAAAGGGAGAGAUGAAGUCAAUAUGUUCUCUAAUGUCAAAUACAUCAUAGAGAAAUAUGGAGAGCACCCUGCUUUCUUCAAGUACCGGACGAACACUGGCAAGCUUCUUCCACUCUUCUAUGUGUAUGACUCAUAUCUGAUGAACUCGGAGCAGUGGGCCAAACUGCUAAAACACACAGAGAGUAACAGCAUCAGGGAAACCCCAUAUGACGCCAUCUUCAUUGCCCUUCUGGUGGAGGAGAAACAUAAGAGGGAUAUCCUGACAGCAGGUUUUGAUGGCGUCUACACCUACUUUGCUACUAAUGGGUUCUCCUAUGGGUCCACUCAGCGGAACUGGGACUCUAUUCAAGCGUUCUGCGAAGAUAACAACCUGAUAUUCAUCCCAAGUGUGGGCCCGGGGUAUAUUGACACAAGCAUUCGACCCUGGAACUUCCAAAACACUCGAAACCGCAUCAACGGCAAAUACUAUGAAACCUCGCUGAGUGCUGCAUUAAAAGCCAGGCCUGAUUUUAUUUCUAUAACAUCUUUUAAUGAAUGGCACGAGGGGACUCAGAUUGAAAUGGCAAUUCCCAAAACAAGCCAGACUGUGUAUCUGGACUACCUGCCCAAUAAACCUUUAAUCUACCUGGAGAUAACUCGCAAAUGGGCUGCGAUAUUCGGUGGCGAGCGACGGAAGUGGCAGGAAUGAUCUGACGAGGGAAUGAAUGAAGAGCCAUAGCAAAUGUUUAUUCGUGGUGGUAUAAAAUAGUUACAUAAAAACUAAAUUUCUAGUUGCAGAAUGGACAACACAAUGCAAAUGAUGAAUAACUGUAUUAGAAAAGCCAAAUGAUUUGCAAAGCCACAGGCAAGUGAUCUACUUCCUUAUCCUAAUUUUGGCUGCAGUGCUGUAUGUUCAUUUUUACACUUGGGUGAAUUAUUGUUAAUUUAACUGAUGUCUUAUUAUUGCUUGUUUACACAGCCUUGCACAUUUUGGGAUUCAUAACAUUGUCAGCAUGUUUUAUCACUGUCUCCAACGUCCAACUAAAACUUUGCGUAGGCAUGAUUUGCCUCCCUGUAAUCUGUGACUAUAUUAAACCUCAAUAGAAAUAAAUAAAGUGCACCCUGGAAAAGAAUGGGAAGACACAAGUAAACAAAGCAGUCUGGUAGUAUAAAGCUGAUGCCUCACUCUGUUUCCAACUCUGUCUCUCUCCAAAAACAAAACAAGAAAAAGCACUACUGAAAUCUUGAUAUUUCAAAGGUAUGUCAAUCUUAAUCGUGAGAUUAAUCACAGUAAUGCAAACGAUAGAGGGAUGGCAGGACAACAGUGAAUGAAACAGGCAGAAACAGGCUCCGUGACAGUGGAGGGUAAAAUCAGGAUAAUUUUUAUCCCUGGAAUACUUUGCCUUUUCAUUAAUGGUGCAUACCUGGUAAAUGUUGUAAAUGUUGUCAUGGUGACAUUGUGGUCAAAAUGAUGCAUCUGGCCGCUUGCGUUACUUAAAACAACUGACCCCUCUGAUUAUAUGUUCGGAGCCCCCUUACUGCCUUAAUUGUCAUAUUCAGCUUCUUGUCACUUUUAUGAGAUGAAGAUCCAGUUUAUGUCACUUAUAUAAGGCCACUUAAACUGUCAGAAAUAUAAGCUUAUUUAAAGGGCACUUCAGUGAUUUGAUCAGCUUACUUGUCAUGGUCAGUACUACUCGGCCUGUGAAAACAGUUGCAGCUUUCUUAAACGUUUCCUGUGGAGUUUUCUUUUAAAGAAACAGAAGUCAUGUUUAUAUUCACUGUUUCCAUGGAGCAUUAUGUGUGUCCUUGAUACAUACCAAAUAUGUUGUAUUCAUUUCCUUCAUCAUGAAACAUUUGCA